AUGUCGAGACUCGGUGUUGCUCCUACACCGCGCGGUAUACCCCGAUGGAAACUACUGGAGGGGCUCCCAGAAGGAACACCCCGGGUUGAAUAUAGCAACAUGGAGGAGCUACACAGCGUAAUCGAGGCCCAGGCCGGAGAGUGUUAUAGAGAUAACACCUGUAGCCCGUUUCUCAUAGUUUUGGGCAUCCCAGAUACAGUCCUUGAAGAGUUUGACAGUAUAUACCAAGACAAAGGCCCGCGAGUAUCGGCAAAUAUCCAUGAGAAGACUUUGAUAAUCGAGACCAUGGUUGGGCAUUCACAUGAGAGGCUUACACAACGUAUAGGGAGGCAUGUAACAGAGAUGCUUCUCCAAAUGGGGAUACGUAAGGAGUUAGGGGAGUUGGGAGCCGGUCGUGAUGAGACACAAGGACUUGUUUACGUGAAAGAGCCAGAUUUAUCAUGGGUUCUUGACGGGGAACAGUGGCCAACACUUGUAUUAGAGGUUGGAUGGUCAGAGAAGGCCGAAAAGCUCGCCAGCGACGCUCAUGGGUGGCUCGAGACUGAAGGGUCAGCCACGGAGGUGGUAAUCACCGCGAAACUCGACCAAGAUUGCGCCCAUAUAGAUUUCGCAGUCUGGGAGCUUGCCUCCGAGCCAGCUAGGACCACCCGGUCAUAUAGAAAAUCAGCGCAGCAAACCCAGAGGGUAGAGGUCUCAAGAAAAGGAGGUGAUAUUACUGCUAGCUCAAGCCUGGUGGUAUCAUUUAAAAAAAUAUUUCGGCGUGAACCAGCAGCCGACCAGGAGGGAGAUCUCAUAUUUACUAAAGAAAGGCUGAUCGAUAUUGCCGAGUGGGCCUGGGCAGAGGUUGGAUCAGAACUUGCCGACUAUGAGCAGGCCGGAUAG